AUGCCUAAGAAUAAAAAUUCCAAGAAACGUGGAGGUGGGAAGACUCCAGAUGGCGCUGCUGUACUGCCGUUGGCCCACCCUAAAGGUGGUGAUGAUGAUAACGAGAGUGUAACAGAUAAAUGGAGUACACAGAGUGUGUUGUCAAAUGAUUCAAGUUUGCCUGGCUCAGAUUCAGCAGCUAAUGUUGAGGAUGACUCUGAAGGUGCAACUGAGCAAGAAAACUUUGAAGAUCAUUUCUCAGAAUUUUUGGAUGGUCUUUUGCAGAAAAGUGUGAAGUCACGUGUAACUGCUUUACAAGGUAUACAGAAUGCUCUCCAAAAGAAAUAUGUGGCAGAAUUUCUGACAAACAGGAAGGAAACACUAGCAGAUGGUGUGCUCCGUUGUUUGCGCAAGGGAAAGGGAGAUGAGCAAGCCCUGGCAGCCACAUGUCUCAGUUUGGUGGCGGUGCAGCUCGGUACAGAGGCUCAGUCCAUGUUCACCGUGGCACAGCCAGUUCUCACCAGCGUCAUGACAGACAAUGCCACACAUUACAAGGCCAGAGGAGCCUGUGCCACUUCACUAGCCACUUGUUGCCUGCUGUGUUGUGAUGACUUGGAGAAAAUCAAAUCUGUGACCAAAGCCCUGGAGGAUAUUUUUGGUCUUGGUUAUGGCAAGGGAGAGAACUCACCAACUGUACCCCCAGAGCUGAGUUGGCUGAUUGCUCAGGCAUUGAGUGCCUGGUGCCUGUUGUUAACUGUGGCACCACAGUAUGAGGUGCAGACACACAUCAAUAAUCACCUUGGGCCACUGCAGGAUUUGUUGAAGAAACUCUGA